CACUCAAGCAGGUGCGUGGCUUGGAACACAAUCACAGGGCCGGGGCCGCUGGUUUGUCAUAUCCCAACUCGACGCAUGUGUUGACCUCACUCGCACGCGCCAUGCACUGUCUGUCUGUCCUUCUGCGCCCACACACCAAUGCCGCCCGGCAAACCCCUUCCACCCAUCCAUCCAUCCAUCCAUUCAUUCCUCUGCCCGACCGUCCCUCAUCGCCCACGACGUGUGUCCCGUCAUGCGCUGAUCUUGAUGGUGAGUAUGCGGAUGUCCUUGUAAGGCCGGUCCUCGCCGUCCGUCCGAACCUGCACAAACACAGGCCAACCAACACCAACAGCCCUUAGUGCCGCUUUCCAGACAGCCAGCCGAUGUUAGGUACAUUUUCGAUUGCGUGGCAAACGUCCAUUCCCUGCACCACCCGCCCGAACACCGUGUGCUUGUUGUCCAGCCACGGACAGGGAACCUGCCCACGUCAGCCACACAGCACAUACACACACACACACACAGAGAGAGAGAGAGAGGGGGGCAUAGAGGGAGCAGCCCAACCACACACACGUCCGUCCGUGUGUGUGGUUGUGGCCGCACCGUGGUGACGAAGAACUGCGAGCCGUUAGUGUUGGGUCCUGCGUUGGCCAUAGAGACGGUGUAUGGCCUGUCGUGCUUGAGGGCCCGAUGGAACUCGUCCUCAAACUCACCGCCCCAUAUCGACUCACCUGCGGACGGACGCAGAGACAGACAGACAGACACAUGGAUAAUAUGGGAUGGACGCGUGCGUGUGCGUGUGUGUCUGUCACGCCGUGUGUCCUCACCCCCAGUGCCAUCUCCAUUAGGGUCGCCUGUCUGCAGCAUGAAGCCCUUGAUCACGCGAUGGAACAGACAAUUGUCGUAAUAGCUGAAAUCACACACACACACACACACAGGGAUAGGGAGAGAUAGGGAGAGGUCGUGUGGCUGUCUGCUUUGCUACUGACCCGUUCCGCGAGUGCACAGUGAAGUUCUCCACUGUCCUGGGCACCUCCUGAGGGACGGUGGAUGGAUGGAUGGAUCGAUGGGCGGGUGACAACACAACAUACACACACUUGUGCAUUGCAUGGAGGUCCCGGUUGCUGUCUGUGGGAUGCGUUGCGUUGCGUGCAGCUUGUUACGUUUGGGAAGAGCUUGACGACGAUGUCCCCGACCGUCGUGUGGAUGGUCGCCUGCUUGCCCAGCCGAAUCUCACCCGUGUCAAUUCCUAUCAGAUGGAUGGAUAAAUCAUCAAAUCAACACACCAUACAUAAGACGUGAUUGAACUGGGCAGCUGUACGUCUGUCUGUCUGUCUGUCUGGAUGGAUGGAUGGAUGGAUGGCUGACCUGCCAUGGCCUGUGCCUCUUCCUUGGUGGGCUUCUCGUUGAAGAUGUCGCGGCUCUCCUUGACCGAGUCGGGCGGCUCGCGACGGCUGAACAGGUAAAACCUGACAACAACACGCAGCCAACACAAACACAGAGAUGCGGCAAUUCAGUGGACGUGCUGUACUGUGCUGGCGUAGGGAUGUUCGCCGACCUUUGUCUCUUGUAUGACGAGCAGAAUAGGAUGGGGUCAGCGCUCUCCUGCACAAUGCGGUCGCCACUCCCACUCAUAAUCGCACCCGUGGCCUUCUUCUGCACACCGCACGCACACACAGCAGUGAUUGCAAUGCAGUGUAGCAAGUGACAGACCUUCUGUGUGUGUGGAAGUGUGUGUGGUUUGUGGUGGCUGGGUGGGUGGCUGACCCGCUGCGGUUUGCCCUGGAAGAGAGCGAUAGCAAGGAACCGCUCGCCGCUCUCGGGCCGACCCAAUAUGCGGCUCAACUGACACGCACACACACAUGCCAUGCAGGGAGUGAUAGGCUGAUGUAGUGUGGCUGGUUUGGUGGUUCCCUCCCUGUGUGGGUUACUUUACUUACGUUGUUAGUGAUGAUGUUGACGACUUUGAUGCCGACCAUGCAAGGGUAGAUGAGGAGGGUGGAGCUCUCGUCGAACACUAUACCCUGCAGGUAAAACGCAUCAGACUUGCGCAACUCCUGGUGGACACACCACACACACCACACACACCACACACACAGGGGGAGGGGCAUUAAUGGACUGCAUGGCAUGUACGUGUGUUUGCCUCUCUGCGUGUGUGUGUGGAUUGGUCCCCUCCGUACCUUUUCGGUAGCGAGUCUCCUGCCGAAGUUGAUUUUGUCGAGGUGCAGCUGCUCCAUCAGCGGGUCUGACUGGGCUGUCGUGUACAUCUUCACACACACACACACACACACACAAAUCCAUACCAUACACGCCAGCAUCUCGUCGUCACGGCUGGCCUGCCCGGCCUACAUCGAUGCUCUCGUCGUAUUUGCGGAUCAUUUUGCCCGUCGACAGCCGAAACACCCGCAGAUGGAAAUCUGUUCAAACACAUCAACCACCAGUAAGGGAGUGCCCUCCCCUCCCUUCCUUGGUCUGCGUGUGUCCGGGGUGUACGCGUACCUUCGCACAGACAUGCAAACAGGUUGCCAUCAGGACUCACGGUAAGCGAGAGCGCGUGUGUCUUGCUCUACACACACACACACACACACGCAACACUUAAACGACCCAUUACGCGAUGCCUGCCCUCCCUCCCUCCACCCAUCGCACCACCCAACUCACCUUGAGCAGUUCAAACAGGUCUGUGUCGCUCUUGAGGGUGAACUGGAUCCGCCCGCCGGUGCUGGCCGGUGUGGGCAGCUGAAGUGUGUCGGGGUCCCACAUCUCCAGCCCACCCGACUUGUCCGCCGACACCACGCAGUGCAGUGCCGGCACGUAAUGCAGCAGGUGCACCGCCUUCAUGUGACGCUCGAACACUCGCAGUGGAGUGCCUGAGGGGUCCGUGGCCGUCACCAGACGCACCUUCGGACACCCCUUCUCAGAUCUGCACACACACAGACAGGUGUCUAAGGUGGAUGGAUGGAUGGAUUGCAUGCUUGUUUCUUUGUCUUGGUGUGGGCUGGGCUGAGCGUGUGAUUGAUUUCUACUAUCCAUACAUGGCGACAACGGGUUCGGCGGAGUCCCUCGGGUGGACGAAUGCCAGGGCCAGUGGGGUGAAGUCAAGCUUCAUCAUGCACGUCAUGUCUGACGUGAAGCAAGCAAGGAACACCAAACCACAGACCAAACCACCGCAUGCCAUGCCACCCACCCACCCACCCACCCACCCACCACACACGCACAACGAACGAACACUCUCAUUCUUGCUCUCCUGGGUUACCGACCGAAGUUGAGUAUGUCGAAGAGUUUGAAUGCGUUGUCGGAUCCGACGCUUCCGAGGUAGAUGCCGUCGGACGAGACGGCCAUGGCGAGGAGUGCGCCAAUGUGGGCCCUGAAGUGCUUGACAAACUCGAUGCCCUCGUAGCUCUUCUUCCAAAACUUGAUGUGCCCGUCGGCGCUGCCCGUCAUCACAAACUCUACCUCGUUGCUCGCACACACUGAUAUAUGGACAUGAGAGCACGGUAAACCGUGUUGUGUUUGUCGUGUCGUCCGUCCUCUGCCUGCCUCCCUCCGUGGUUACCUACCUACCGUGUGUGAUGGUUUGUCUGUGCAUGUAGCUCUUCUCGUACAUGUCACACGUCGGCAGGUUGUCCAGGUAGACCUGCUCGUUCACCGCAACUGCACCACACAUGACCACAAAAGCAACAAACCCAGCAACGCCAGGAUGCACUCACUGCACUCAAUUGUCAUGAUGAUAACACUGCGUCAGUCAGUCAGUCAGUCACCUUUCCGCUUCUUCUUGGCCGGCUGUGGCGGCAUCGGCAUCGGACCUGACAGUGUGUCAAUCAACACAACGACAACCAGCGCAAUGACAGACAGACAAGCACACUCACACACGUGAUACAUACACAUCACAUCACUGACCCAAGUCAUCUUCAUCGCCGCCACCUGCAGGCGGAUCCAGAUCUGCCCGCUCCGAAGUCCCAUUCGCAUCAUCAGCUCCAUUCUGAUCUUCGUCCGCCGCUGCUGGAGGCGGCAGGGGAAUGUCAAACGAGUCGUCUGCCAUGCCUGCACCGCUGCACUCUCCCUCCCGUUGAGCUUUGCCUCUCAGCGAUUUCAGGGAGCACCCU